AUGGGGUUGAUAAGAAGGCUGGAGAGGGAUGUUUCACACAGCACUUACAUCAAGAUAUGGGCAGAUACCCAGAGAGAGCUGGACACCAUGCUCCAGAGAGAGAAAGAGGAAUUCCUCCAGCCGCAGGAGGACCGUGAGAAAGUGAUGAAGAUGUUGGCCACUGCCUACGUCCAAUACCUGGACAUCUUCCGGAAGCUGGAGGAGGCCCAUGACCACCUCAUCCACCAGCAGAAGCGGGCGGCGGUUCGGCAGGCGCUGGACGGGGUCAUGGGCCGCAUCCUGGAGAUCAAGAGAGAGAUGGUGGCCCUGGAGAACUCCGAGUGCCACUCCAUGGCUGACAUCCUGAUGGAGCUGCAGCGUGUCCCGGAAGACAUAGAAAUACCCAUCCCCAAGUAUUUCAUUAAAGAAAACCUGGGAAUCCUGCAGGACAGGGAGAAAUACCUGCAGGAGAUUUUGCUGAAUGCUGGUUUGCUAGAACAGGAACCUGUCACAGCCAUGACACUUGAGGAGGGCAUUAGAGUGAUCCAGGUGGCAGAACGGGCUCGCCAGGGCCGCGCUCGAGCAGCGUUCAUGAGGAAAAUUUACUUUGAAGAGAAAAGGCAAAGUAAAAAAGAGGAGCAAGAGACGGGUAAAAGUCCAGAUGAUGCUGCCACUUGCAUUCAAAAGGUCUGGCGUGGGCACAGCCAGCGCAAGAAAACAGAGAGGCUGAGAGAGGAGGAAAUGAUAUUUCUGGGCAUGAGUCUGCCUCCUGACUUGGAGGCAAUGAGCUGUUUGCAGAAAGCAAAUGUCCUGCAAGGUGAAGUCCAGGAAAGAGCAGACUUCUCCUUCAGGCAUGAGCUGAAGAAAACAGAGGGGCCCCACAUCAAGGAAACCCUCCAGGACCAGAUCACCCAGUGCUUCCUCGAGUGCCGGCAUAUCACAGGCAGGUUUCCUGACUAUCCCCCUGAGAAGACAGGUGGUUCCAAGGGUAUUUUUAUUGAAAAACAUCCAGAACAGGUCCUUGAAGAGCUGGCUGCCAAAAAGGCAAAGGCAGAGGCAGAGAAAAAAGAAAAGGAGAAGAAGGGAAAAGAAGACAAGGAAACUGCCCGAGAGAAAAAGCCACCAAAAGUUGGAAAGCCGGUAGUGGAUAAAAGCUGGAAAAUGGCUCCAAGCAAUUUCCUUUUGACGCUGGAGGAAGGAAGCUCUCAGUACCAAGUCUUUUGGGAGAACAGAGAUAACAAAUCGGAUUUUCUCCAGGAUCACGACCCAGAGCUGAUCAAAGGAGAGGAGCGGGAAGAAGUGGAGGAGGAGAUCAGAGUGCAGGUCGAUGAAGUGAUGCAGGAGAAGCUGCUGAGAGUCAAACAGGCUGUGGAUGGAGAGACAGGUCCUCAGAGCAAAGCUGGCAAAGAAAAGGGAGACAGGACACCUGCAAAGAAAAAGAUAUCUGAGCUGGAGAGAGAUCUGACUCCUGACAGGGCCAUUGAUUCCCUGUACCAGGAGCUUGCAGAAGAAGGACUGGUCAUCCAAGUCAAGAACGUGAAUCUCUCUGACUACAUUGGCUACUACGACUGUCUGAGGAGCAUCCUUCGUGAGACAGGUGCCCAGCCCCUGCCCUCCAUCCCAGAAGUCAGACAGCUUGUGGCACUCUAUGGAAUAUUGCCCUUGGGUUCCCAAACUGUCCAUGAGAAUGCUCCUCUGGUGAAAUCCCUGCUGCUGACAGGACCUGCUGGUGUUGGAAAGAAAAUGUUGGUCCAUGCCAUCUGCACAGAAACAGGAUCCAACCUCUUCAGCCUCACUCCUUCCAACACUGGGAAGUAUCCAGGCAGGGAGGGCCUCAUAAUGAUGCUUCACAUGAUUCUCAAGGUGGGCAAGGAAUUGCAGCCUUCAGUCGUGUGGAUUGGAGACACAGAGAGAAUAUAUUCCAAAGGGGCACCAAAUGGAGAACAAGAGGUGAACUUCAAACGCCUGGCAAAGCUCCUGCCCCAGUUCCUGAGGGCUCUGAAACCCAAGGACAGAGUUCUGCUCGUGGGCACCUCCCGCAGGCCCUUUGAUGCCAACCUGGGACCUUUCUGCAAAGUUUACCAGAAAAUCAUUCUCAUCCCCAAGCCUGACUACCUGACAAGAUUUGCACUGUGGAAGCACUACAUCCUGCAGCGAGGUGGGGCCCUCACCAAGCUGCUGAACCUCAACUGCCUGGCCCAGGUGUCGGAUGGCUUCACGCAGGGACACGUUGUGGACGUGGUGCACACUGUGCUGACUGAGCUGAGGCUGCUGCAGAUGGCCAGGAAGCCACUGAGGACUGCUGAGUUUGUCACUUCUCUGGCCAGGCACGACCCAGUGUACAAAGAGGAGGAGGAAACCUUCCAGGCCUGGUAUGCCAAGACCCCGCUGGGGAAAGCGUGGAGCACAGCACAGGCAGAAAAGGAAGAAGAAAAAGAAAAGAAAGGAAAAGGGAAAGGGAAAAAGUAA